GACUGACACAAAGAAAAUAAGAAAUGUCGUGACUUUGGCCAUUAGUCCGAGCUCUUUUCACGACCUUGAUCUACUGCCACGUGCGGCGCUGCGGCAGGCGUGUGCCUUGCCUACUUAGGCUGUCCUAGGCGGUCACGGCCAGCAUAGGUCUGUUUUCUCCCACUAUGCUUCCUUUGCCAACAACCUCCCUAUCAAACCGUGUAAUCAUCUGCGUCCGCCAGCCCUCCUAUCCAUGGGCAGUGGCUUAGGUGUCCAACGCCUAACAACGCGCCUCAAACCAGCUUAGUUCCCACCUGUGUAUGCUCUCCUCGUCCAAAACGCGAAGCUGACCAAACGCAGUGGCGUGGUUUGCGGCGUAGGUGGUGUGAAUGCAUACCGCCGGUUACAGGUGUGGGGGCAUGUGCCGAUGCUUGCGUGGGGCCCCUCUGGGUGCUGCCUCGGAGGGCGGGCAAUGGUACUUUCACAAACACUGGGGUGCUUUUCAACAUCUCAAGGUAUUUUUGCCACAUAUGAUACGCCCAGAAGGCUUGGAUGGAGUGGCCAAAGUAUUAAGGAAAAGCUACAUCGAUGGCGCCAUAAUGUUCAUCGGCCGCUUUCCGUAACUCCUGCUGAAGAAAUGAACGGUGAUAAUGUGCAGCGGGAAGCACGUGGCUUUAGAGCGCGGCGUGCAGGAGGCUACACGCGAUUUUCCGCUCCAUGUAUUUGUAUUGCAUUGCCUGACACCUGAAGACUGCACCUCUGCGAGGGACUUGGAUUUACACAAGCAACUAUGGAUUGCCCCUACCUCGAAGGCCAGGCUUGUCUACUGAGGGCAAUUCCUCCCUUGACCUCUAAAGCUUGGAAGCCCAGCUGCCUGCCGUACAGGCCGGAGCGCACUCAGCGCGCUCAGCACGGCUUCCUCAGCCUGCUUCCGUUCAUCGCCAGGCCGCGCCUGUGACUUUCAACAAUCCAAUAUAAAGGGAUAACGCCACCUUACAAACAAAUACCAAGCCCUGAGAUACCCGAUAAAGUAAGCAAGCAGCAGAUACACGCAGUAGACGUUGGCUGCAGCAAAGCUGCGCGUCUUUUCCAGGUCAGCCUUAUAUCUGAAUAUACCUUAAUAUUUAAUUUUGCGACUAGACUAGGUACUCCAGCGAUUUCGCGCCGCAACACCUUCAAGUCAUCGGCCUACCUAUCGGCUCGUAACUUUGACGCAAGUCGCUCGCAAUGGAGAUCACGCCGGAGCUUAUUACCCAGUACGGCUUGAUGAACAAGAUCAGCACGGGACACACGCUGCUCGAUCUGCUGCUGUGUCUGCUGGUGCCGCUGCUGCUCAAGCAUUUGGCUCCCCGGUUAGCGGAUGGGAUUCACAAGCUGUGGCCCCAACGCAACAACGCCGCCAAGACCUUCACUCGACGCAUCGAGUUCACACAACGGUCGGGUUACUACUGGUACGACUCCGACAACCAGCCUUCCAACUCCGUGCUGCAGCGCGCCAUCCUCAACGUCAUCAACAUGCAGGUCCAAGCGCUAAACGAGUUGCACGAGGCUGACUUCACCCUCAAGAAGAGGGGCCCUGGGGAGCUGCUGGGGGCC